AUGGGGCUCUUUGACAGAGGUGUUCAGAUGCUUUUAACCACCGUUGGUGCUUUCGCUGCCUUCAGCCUCAUGACCAUAGCUGUGGGGACCGAUUACUGGCUUUACUCCAGAGGGGUUUGCAAGAUGAAAGGUACCGGUGAUAAUGAAACCAGCAAAAAGAACGAAGAAGUCAUGACCCAUUCAGGAUUAUGGAGAACCUGCUGCUUGGAAGGGAAUUUUAAAGGUCUGUGUAAGCAAAUCGAUCACUUCCUCGAGGACACAGAGUAUGAAGCCGACACAGCAGAAUAUUUCCUCCGGGCUGUAAGGGCCUCUAGUAUUUUCCCGAUCCUGAGUGUGAUUCUGCUUUUCAUGGGUGGACUCUGCAUUGCAGCCAGCGAGUUCUACAAAACCCGACAUAACAUCAUCCUUAGUGCCGGUAUCUUCUUCGUGUCUGCAGGUCUAAGUAAUAUAAUUGGCAUCAUUGUGUACAUAUCAGCCAAUGCUGGAGACCCCUCGAAAAGCGACUCAAAGAAGAAUAGUUACUCUUAUGGUUGGUCCUUCUACUUUGGGGCCCUGUCAUUCAUUAUAGCCGAGAUGGUAGGAGUGCUGGCCGUACACAUGUUUAUUGACCGGCACAAACAGCUGCGUGCCAGUGCUCAUGCCACAGACUACCUCCAGUCCUCUGCCAUCACCCGCAUACCCAGUUACCGCUACCGCUAUCAGAGACGCAGUCGCUCCAGUUCCCGUUCCACCGAGCCUUCACACUCCAGGGAUGCCUCUCCCGUCGGGAUCAAAGGGUUCAACACCCUGCCAUCAACGGAGAUCUCGAUGUAUACCCUGACCAGGGACCCCCUGAAGGCUGCCACGACCCCCACCGCCACCUACAAUUCAGACAGGGAUAACAGCUUCCUCCAGGUUCACAAUUGUAUCCAGAAAGAAAACAAGGACUCUAUCCACACUAACACAGCCAACCGCCGGACCACCCCCGUAUGA